AUGGCUGGCGCCGAAGUGGGCGGGGCAGCCCGAGGAGCGCGCGCCAUGCAGGCCAGCGGGUACACGUCUGUUAUCCUCCCGGUCCAUGACGCUGAACCGUGGCUGGACGAGUGCUUGGGGUCUGUUUUGCAGCAGGACUUCGAAGGCUCCAUGGAGCUUUCCAUUUUUAAUGAUGCCAGUAAGGACAAGUCUAUGACUAUCAUUGAAAAAUGGAAAGAGAAGCUGGAAGGUUCCGGCAUCCUCAUGGUCAUUGGAGGGCACGAUUCUCCUUCUCCCCGAGGAGUCGGAUAUUCUAAAAAUCAAGCAAUAGCACAGAGCUCAGGAUCUUACCUUUGCUUUUUGGAUUCGGAUGACGUGAUGAUGCCUCAGAGGGUGAGGCUGCAACACGCAGCUGCUGUGCGACACCCAACAAGUAUUAUCGGUUGCCAGGUGAGGAGGGAGCCCCCCAACUCCACUGAGCGAUACACGCGGUGGAUCAACCAGCUGGCGCCCGACCAGCUGCUCACCCAGGUGUUUACCUCCAAUGGCCCCACCGUGAUCAUGCCCACCUGGUUCUGCUCCCGAGCCUGGUUCUCCCACGUGGGCCCAUUUGACGAGGGCGGGCGGGGCGUCCCUGAGGACUUGCUGUUCUUCCACGAACACCUGAGGAAGGGCGGCGGGCUCCUCCGCGUGGACCAGAGCCUGCUUCUCUACCGCUACCACCCCGGCGCGGCCACACACUCCAUCCUCGAGACAACCAUCUGGACCCACCGCGUCCGCUUCCUGGAAGAGUGGGCCCUGCCCCACUGGGCAACCUUCACCAUCUGGAACGCGGGCCGGCAGGGCCGCCGGCUCUACCGCAGCCUGACGGCAGGGUCACGGUGCAAGGUGGUCGCCUUCUGCGACGUGGACGAGAACAAGAUCAAGAAGGGCUUCUACUGCUACGAGGACUCUCAGGAAAGGCCCAAGCCCCGGGUCCCGGUCCUGCACUUCCGAGCCGCACAGCCACCCUUUGUCAUCUGCGUGAAGCUGGACCUCACAGGGGGCGCAUUUGAAGACAAUCUGAGGUCGCUGCACCUGCAGGAGGGCCGGGAUUUCCUUCACUUCAGCUGA